AUGAGGCCAGAACAGAAGAAAGCUAGAAUAGAACAAAUUAGAGCUAACCGUGAGUUGAACCGCUCCAAAUAUUCAAUUGCGAUGGAGAACCCUGCAUAUAUCGCAACCGAACAGGAAGUUAGUACUUCUACGUUUCCUGUAAAACACAGAAAGCAUGUGACGCCAGGAAAAAGGCAAACAUCGCUACACUAUUGUAAUGAAGAAUUCACGACAAGACAGAUGAAAAUGGUUUCUGUAACAUCACAAGAAGACGGAUCCAUGCCGGCAACCAGCAAAGAUGACAUAGGACCUCUAGAGGAGUCAGAAGUCAUGAUUUACGACAACCCUUCUUCAAUGUUUCCAUGCACCACAGAAGUGGAUGCACCAACACAAACACUCUACAGUGAUGAUAAUAGUAAGGUGGCUUUGUGGCCAGACAUCCCCUCUUCAUUGUUUCCAACAAUCAAAGAAGUGGAUGCACGAAUACAAUCAUUCUACAAUGAGGAUCACGGUAGGUUCAUAAAUUUCAUAUAUACUUUUAUGCAAUACUAA